AAUUUUUCAUUCAAAAAGGGAAGCAAGCAAUGGGGAAGAUAGGUCUUGUCGGUAAUUUAGCGGAUGGUAUUCAAGAAAAAUAGAAUUUAAUUAGGUAUUGUAUUUGAGUUUCAUGGUUGACUAAGUUGAACAAAGAAGGAAAAAUAUAAAAUAACGAUGAUGCAAGCAAGACACGCAGGGAUUAGAUAGCGCCGCAAACUGGAUAGAGGCGAUGAGGCUUGUUGCAGCAAUCAUAAGAAACAAGACAAGUGGAACACUACUACCACUUUUGGACCCAAACGUGCAUACGUGUGCAUUUACGCUUUCCAACGUGGUUGUUGCUGUGCUCUCUCUUCUUCUGUUCUGGCAGAGCCAAAGUCGGGCUGGCUAGCUCGGUCUUGGUUCGUUGCUUUGCUUUGUCCUACCUAAGACUCCAGUCUUUGCUCAAAUCUUUCCUUUGUUCAAAUUAAAUUCAUUUCCUUGACUUGUGUCUCCAUCUUGCCUUGGACUGCAGAGAGGUGAUUGUGGUUUGAAGCUUUGAGCGCUUAACGCCAUGGCUCCUCCAGCUUCCUCCUCUUCUUCUUCUUCUUCAGAUUCCGUAAUCAGACCUCGAGAUGUUUGUAUUGUAGGUGUUGCACGAACACCAAUGGGUGCUUUCCUUGGCUCCCUUUCCUCUUUCUCUGCUACCCAACUUGGAUCCAUCGCCAUCCACUCUGCCCUUAAAAGGGCAAACCUUGAUCCAUCACUUGUGCAGGAGGUUUUCUUUGGGAAUGUUCUUAGUGCAAACUUAGGCCAAGCUCCUGCUAGACAGGCUGCAUUAGGUGCCGGUAUUCCUAAUUCCAUCAUUUGCACCACUGUUAACAAAGUUUGUGCAUCUGGAAUGAAGGCGGUGAUGCUUGCAUCACAAACUAUCCAAUUAGGCAUCAAUGAUGUUGUCAUUGCUGGUGGCAUGGAAAGCAUGUCAAAUGCACCCAAGUAUUUGGCAGAGGCAAGAAAGGGAUCUCGUCUAGGACAUGAUACCAUUAUUGAUGGCAUGCUCAAAGAUGGGUUAUGGGAUGUAUACAAUGACUUUGGAAUGGGAGUAUGUGCAGAAAUAUGUGCUGACCAACAUAACAUUACACGAGAAGAGCAGGAUUCUUAUGCUAUUCAAAGCUUUGAGCGUGGCAUUGCUGCUCAAAACAAUGGCCUCUUGGCUUGGGAAAUAGUUCCAGUUGAAGUUUCGGGGAGAAGAGGGAAACCAUUCACAAUUAUAGAUAGGGAUGAAGGUUUAGGAAAGUUUGAUGCUGCAAAAUUGAGGAAGCUUAGACCAAGCUUUAAGGAAGAGGGAGGAUCUGUUACUGCUGGCAAUGCUUCUAGCAUUAGUGAUGGUGCAGCGGCGAUAGUGCUAGUAAGUGGGGAGAAAGCAACCAAGCUUGGUUUGCAAGUAGUUGCUAAGAUCAGAGGAUAUGCUGAUGCUGCUCAGGCACCUGAAUUGUUUACAACGGCUCCAGCCCUUGCCAUACCAAAAGCUAUUUCAGCUGCGGGUUUGGAGGCUUCUCAAAUUGAUUACUAUGAAAUAAAUGAAGCUUUUUCAGUUGUGGCUCUUGCCAAUCAAAAACUGCUUGGCCUUAAUCCUGAAAAGGUUAAUGUUCAUGGUGGAGCGGUAUCGUUGGGACAUCCAUUAGGGUGUAGUGGAGCUCGUAUAUUAGUCACAUUGUUGGGGGUGAUGAGACAGAAGAAUGGAAAGUUCGGGGUUGGUGGAAUCUGCAAUGGAGGAGGAGGAGCAUCUGCCCUUGUUUUUGAGCUCAUGCCGGUUACGAAGGUGGGACCGUCAUUGUUAUGAAACCGAUGCAUAUAUUGCUGUGAAAUUUAGCGGUUCUUUGUUUUUUUGUUUCUCAACUUUAAAAGAAAUAAAGCAAGUUGUAUCAUGUCUUAUGGGAGUAGACAAGUGCUGCUUCUUUUCUGAAAUGUUGAUGUUUUAUCUUAAUAAAUUGAUAUUUGGUUAUCAGAUAAUUCCGAAAGAAUAUAGUAGUAUGUAAUGUGAUGUAUCUGAAUCCAGUUAGGGAAGAAAUCUUGUUGGGACAGGGAAUAAUGUGGGUGAAGCCAGCUGCUGCAUUAGAAACAGUCAAACGUUACUAAUCAUUUCCUUUCU